AUGGUGAGUUGUGAAGAGGUUUUCCCAUGGCUAAAAUCUCUUCCAUUAGCACCAGAGUAUCGACCAUCUUUAGCAGAGUUUCAAGAUCCAAUAGCUUACAUUUUCAAGAUCGAAAAAGAAGCAUCCAAAUACGGAAUCUGCAAGAUCAUUCCACCCGUUUCAUCUUCUUCUAAGAAAACCGUUAUUGCUAACAUGAACCGGUCUCAACCCCGGUUCACAACCCGUCAACAGCAGAUCGGAUUCUGUCCACGGCGGCCUCAGCCGGUUCGACGGCCGGUUUGGCAUAGUGGUCAUCACUACUCAUUCCGCGAAUUCGAAGCUAAGGCGAAGUCGUUUGAGAAGAGUUACUUCAGAAAAGGGAAGAAGCUCGCUCAGUUUUCUCCUCUGGAAGUGGAAGCUAUGUACUGGAAAGCUACUGCGGAUAAGCCUUUUUCUGUUGAGUAUGCGAACGACAUGCCUGGUUCUGCGUUUGGGGAAGUGAACGACGGUGGUUUUGGGGGAGAUGGUUUUUUAACGGUGGGUGAAACUGCUUGGAAUAUGAGAGGGGUUUCGAGGGCGAAUGGGUCUUUAUUGAAGUUUAUGAAAGAAGAGAUUCCUGGGGUUACUUCUCCUAUGGUUUAUGUUGCUAUGAUGUUUAGCUGGUUUGCUUGGCAUGUGGAGGAUCAUGAUUUGCAUAGCUUGAAUUAUCUUCAUAUGGGUGCUUCUAAGACUUGGUAUGGUGUUCCUAGAGAGGCUGCUGUUGCUUUUGAGGAUGUUGUUAGAGUUCAUGGCUAUGGAGGAGAGAUUAACCCUCUUGUUACUUUUGCUAUUCUUGGGGAGAAAACUACAGUGAUGUCCCCUGAAGUAUUCGUCCAAGCAGGUGUUCCAUGUUGCAGGUUAGUGCAAAAUGCUGGGGAGUUUGUUGUGACAUUUCCAAGAGCCUAUCAUACUGGAUUCAAUCAUGGUUUUAACUGUGGAGAGGCAGCUAACAUUGCAACACCUGAAUGGUUGACGGUUGCUAAAGAUGCUGCUAUUAGGAGGGCUUCAAUUAAUUAUCCUCCCAUGGUUUCACAUUUCCAAUUACUUUAUGACCUUGGCCUUGCUAUGUGUUCUAGAAUCCCUGAAGACAUCAGCGUCGGACCAAGGAGUUCUCGACUUAAAGAUAAGAAGAAGGGUGUAGGACAAACCGUAAUUAAAGAACUAUUUGCACAGGAUGUGUUACAGAAUAAUGAUCUGCUCCAUGCACUUGGCAAAGGAUCUUCUGUAGUACUCCUUCCUCGUAGCUCUUCUGACUUCUCUGUUUACUCAAAGUUACGUCUUGGAUCUCAACAACUAAAGGUUAACAGUGAUAUUUCACUCAGUUUGUGCAAUUCCGAGGGAACGAAUUCCUCAAAAAAAUUCAUUUCAGACGAUCUAGUGUUCAACAGGAAUCAUGGAAUAAAAAAAGUAAAAGGUUUUUCUUCUGUAAAAGAAAAAUUCGCUACCUUGUGUGAAAGAAACAGGGUUUGUUCAUUCAGUGCAAAUGGUGACAUAUGCACUUCAAGUUCAAAAACAUUGCAAAGAGACAGUGAAAAAGAUGCAUGCCAAGGAGAUGGGUUAUCAGACCAAAGAUUAUUCUCAUGUGUUACAUGUGGAAUAUUAAGUUUUUCCUGUGUUGCAAUUGUACAGCCUAAAGAACCAGCGGCUAGAUACCUUAUGUCAGCUGAUUGUAGCUUCUUUAAUGACCGGAUAGUUGGUUCUGGAGUAACUAGAAAUAACUUAACUGCUGCCCAUGAAGAUGCAAAUAUUCUCAAGCAGAGCAGCACAUAUACAGGAUGGACAAAACAGAAUGCCGGAAAUGAUUUAUACGAUGUUCCUAUUGAAUCUGCUGAACAACAGACACAAAUUGCUGAUCUAAGUUAUAUGGAAGCUUCAAAUACUGAAAAAGGAAACACGGCUCUUGCAUUGUUGGCUAUAGCAUAUGGAAAUUCAUCUGAUUCUGAGGAAGAUGAUCAAAGUGACUCAGAUAUUGCAGCUGAUGGUGAUGAUUUGAACACGAUGAACCAUCCAUUAGAAAGCAAAACCCAGGAGAGACCUUGUUUGCCUUCUCAAUUUCAAGAUUGCCAUGCUAGCCCUGUAAAUAGUAUUAACAAUUAUGAGAGUUAUAUGCAUAAGAAAAUUGAGCGCAUUAUGAGUCCUUGUGAUUACUCUAUUCAUUCAGAAGAUUAUGAUACCACAUCAGGGGUUUCAUUCAAAAAUACUAGGGAAGGACUUCAUUCCACCUUGAAUUGUUCCGAAGAUACUCAUACUGAAAUGCCCUUGUCGGGCAAGACUGUGAUUCCCAUUGUCAAUAAAAAUGUAUCAUCGGCGCCACCAUCUGAUGAAGACGCGUCUAGGAUGCAUGUCUUCUGUCUAGAGCAUGCUGCAGAAGCAGAGCAGCAACUUCGGCCUAUUGGAGGAGCGCAUAUAUUGCUCCUAUGUCAUCCAGAUUAUCCGAAGAUAGAGGCUGAAGCGAAGUUUGUGGCAGAAGAAACGGGGAUUAGUUAUAAGUGGAAGAAUACCGUAUACAGGCAGGCCAACAGGGAAGACAAGGAGAGGAUUCAAUCAGCUCUGGAUAGUGAGGAAGCUAUUUCUGGCAAUAGUGACUGGGCUGUAAAGUUGGGAAUCAAUCUCUUUUAUAGUGCCAAUCUUAGCCGGUCUCCACUUUACAGUAAGCAGAUGCCUUACAAUUCUGUUCUGUAUUAUGCAUUUGGUUGUAGCUCUCCAGUAAGCUCGCCCGUUGAGCCCAGUGUCUGUCAGAGAAGGACAAGUAGGCAGAAAAAGAUAGUUGCUGGAAAGUGGUGCGGAAAAGUUUGGAUGUCUAAUCAGGUCCACCCCCUUUUAGCAAAAAGAGAGCUCGAAGAUGUUGAGAAUGAGAAAAGCAUUCAAAUGUGGCCAUUACUCGAUGAGAAAAGUGAGAGAUCAGAACGUAUACGGAAAAGUAAUACUACAAAUAGAAAAUCUGGUAGGAAAUGGAAAGUGGCCGUAGAAAGUGAAGGAGAUUGGGAAGGAAGUUUUUCUGAGGGGGGUUGGCUUUCUGAUAAUUCAAUUGAAGAUAAAUGCAAUCAAUCUCAAAGGAGGAUUCUUGCAAGUAAGCGAACCAGGCAUAUUGAGGGUCAUGGUACUGCUUCAGACGGGGAUUAUUCUCCUUUGCAGCACCAUAACAUGCUUAAAAGCAAGCAUACAAAAUGCAUGGGUAGUGAUGCAGUUUCAGAUGAUUUGCGAGAUGGUAAUACUCGCAGACAACCUUGGAGGAAUACUACUUCCAAGGAAGCUAAAUCUAUUGACAGUGAUAUGGUUUCAGAUGAUACAAUGGACUAUGAUUCUGAUUGGCCACAGAAGGAAGAGCUUAGUGACACACAAUAUGCUGUAUCAGAGGAUUCAUUGGGUGUUGGUUCUCUUCAGCGGCAUAGGAAGACUCCUAAAAGCAAGUAUGACCAAUUCACUGUUGAAGAUGUGAUUUCUGAUGAUCAAACAGAGGUUUAUAUUCAGAAGCAAAAACGCGGGAUAUGUAAAAGCAGGCUACCCAAAUAUCUUUCGGAAGAAGAUGCAGUGAUAUCUGACAAUCAACUGGAGCACUGCAUGCUGAAGCAACAGAAGAGGAGUCCUAAAAGCUGGCAGGACAAUUACCCUGUUGAAGAGGAUAUUAUAUCUGAUGAGGAACCUGAAUGCCAUUCUCGGAAUUAUCAAAGAAGGAUUCCAAAAGGCAAACAAGUCGAACCCAUUGUUGGGGAAGAUAUAACAUGUGAUGACCAGUUGGAGUGUUGCUUUCAGAAGCCCCGAAGAAGUAUGCGAAGGAGCAAGAAAAAUAAAUAUAGUGAUGAAGAAAAUAUGGAUGACUCUGCUGAAAGUGAUUCUCAUGUGCUGCAUAAAACUCCUAAAAGGAAGCAAGCUAAAUUCACAAAUGAAAACGAUAUAAACUCAGAUGAUCAGAUGGAGGAUGAUUGUCAUCAGCAACACAUGAGACCUCUUCGGCGUAAGCAAACUAAAUCACAAACUCUUCAACAAAUGAAACAAGCUAACUCGCCUUGUGUGACAAGCAAGCCAUCUCUUGCGAAACGUGGUGCUCAGUUGCUAAUAAAAUCAAAGGCUCCUCAGAAAAUGAAGCAACAGCCUCUUGCGUGGAGCAACCAAUCAGUUAACUCCAAAGAUGAAACUUCACAAAUUGAAGACAAUGAAGCUAGAAGACCUCCCAGCACGCGCAUUAGGAAAAGAGUCCAAAAAAUUCAGGAUGAAUCCGAGGGGAAAGCAAAAGAAAAAGAAACAAAUAAGAAAAAAUUGAAGAAUGUAAUAACUGCAAAGGUUUCAGCUGGCCGUGCCAAAGUGAAGGACGAGGAAGGAGAAUACCAGUGUGACAUAGAAGGGUGUACCAUGAGUUUUUAUUCUAAACAGGAGCUGAUGCAUCAUAAGAAAAAUAUAUGUCCUGUGAAAGGGUGUGGAAAGAAGUUUUUCUCACACAAAUAUCUGGUACAUCACCGUCGAGUUCAUGAGGAUGAUCGCCCACUAAAGUGUCCUUGGAAGGGAUGCAAGAUGGCUUUCAAGUGGUCUUGGGCUCGUACCGAACAUAUUCGAGUCCACACCGGUGCCCGUCCAUACGUGUGUGCUGAGCCGGGGUGUGAACAAACAUUCAGGUUUGUUUCUGAUUUCAGUCGUCAUAAGCGAAAAACUGGUCAUUCCGUAAAGAAAACUCGUAAAUAG